CCCUUCACUGACCCUAAUCCUCCUCCGUAAAAUCUCUCCUAAAACAUUGAAAACGAAUUUAUUACAGCUGUUUGUGGAAUUUGUGUGCCCACCUUAUGUUCGCCUGAGGGUAUACCUCCCCUGUCCAUAAAAUGUAGUGACUCCCCUGGAAAAUACAUAACAUUUCAGGGUUUAGAAAAAAAUAAUAUUGUGUAAGUAGGGUAACCCAAUGUUUAUUAAGUAGGGUUUUGUAUUUGGGGAGCAAAGUACCAAAAUAGUCAUUAAAAGCACAAUGACGAUGAUCUAAAGGCGAAGAAGGGCGCUUUCAACUGCGUCAUUUCCAGCCUCUCGCUCUCUCUCAUUUUGGAACACUCCUGCAGUUUGCUGCAAUUCAUUUGUACCGCCGGCCGGUACCGAGUGGUAGUGUAGUGCAACCGUGCCCAGACACCUCGCGUCGUCCAAAUCAGAUUAUUGCCAUUAGGGCAGGAAAAGUGGAUCCUGACGUAAGAGCCUUAAAUCCUCCGCCACCGCGAACACUCUCGUUCCGAGCUUCUUCAUCUCGACAACGGCGGAUGCUUCCGCACCGCGCACUGAGCAUGACUAUUCUGCGUCUUCUCUGAGACGAACCGGGAACAGGACCGGACAACCAACAACAAGGACAUGGCGUCGUAUCUCCAGAUCGCAGAUGAUGAGAAAGGCUACAACCUCGACCUUUUCUGUGUGCCCAGACAUUACGAGAAGGAUUUGGACAAGGUGAUCAUUCCUCAUGGACUCAUUAUGGACAGGACGGAGCGCUUGGCCCGCGACAUCGUGCGAGACAUGGGGGCCCACCAUAUCGUCGCCCUUUGCGUGUUGAAGGGCGGCUACAAAUUCUUCGCAGACCUGCUGGACUACAUCAAGACGCUGAACCAGAACAACGAUAAAUCGGUCCCACUGACGGUGGAUUUCAUUAGAGUGAAAAGUUACUGCAAUGACAAAUCAACCAACAACGUCAAAGUCAUCGGCGGCGAUGAUCUGUCCAGUCUCUCAGGCAAGCAUGUUUUGAUAGUUGAGGACAUCGUGGAGACGGGAAGGACGAUGCAGACGCUGCUCUCGCUGCUAAGUGAAAGCAGGCCCAAGAUGGUGAAAGUGGUGAGUCUGCUGGUGAAGAGGACGCCCAGGAGUUCAGGGUAUAGACCAGAUUACAUUGGAUUUGAGGUGCCUGAUGCCUUCCUGGUGGGCUACGCUUUGGACUACAACGAGUACUUCAGAGAUCUCAGUCACAUCUGCAUACUGAACGACGAAGCCAAGGAGAAGUAUAGAGUGUGAUGCGAUGGCAACUCAAAUGGAUGACAACAGGGACCACUGUGAUGAGCUUCUUCUUCUAUUCUUUAUUUUUAUACACAAAAGCCCACAAAAUGUGCAAAAGAACAUUUUCUUACCCUCUGACCGAAAGAAGUAUGACAUGUUUUGGUUGGAUGAUUUAUUUAUUUAUUGAUGUUAAGAAUUGUUUUAAGUGUACAUUUAGAUUUAUCUCUAUUAUAAGGAAAGAGAAUGUAACUCAUUUGCUGACUCAGGCUUUUCAGUGAGUGAAAAGUAGCCUUUUAGUUUGUGCAUAUACUCUUGCCACCUAUAUAUUACAGUCAUAAAAUGUCAAUGUACUGUAUAGUCACACAUUAUGCCAAGUGGACUGAUGACGAACAUCGUGCUGUAUAUUUUAUUUGGUCAAGUGCAUUUUCAUCAUAAUGGGCGCUGCAAUACAAUUUCAGUUGAAAGAAGGCACGAUCCUGAUUUACUGAUGCCACUCACAAGACUUUCCCUGUAUGGUUAGUAAUGACAAAAAGAUUGUAUUAUCCAGGGAUUUCUUGAUUUACAAUGGAGUUCCCUUCCCAUCAAAUUGAUGCGUAAAAAUUGUUGCAUUGUAUCCACAGCUGAAAAAAAAUGAAUUAAAAAAUUAUCUAA